UAUAUCAGCACGAACAUGUAGAAUUCCUCUUAUUUAAAUAUUGAAAUUUGAACAUUUGAUUCGUUGUUGAUCAAGAUAUAACUGAACAAUUUCAAAUUAUCAAAAAAAAAAAAAUUAAUUAGAAAUUGCACGUACUUUAUGAAUCGCCAAUUAUGUGCAUUAAUUCGAUAUCGAGCGCAUUUUCCGUUCGAUAUGCUAUUUGCAUUCGUUUUCCGUUCAAUUCUAAAAAAUGAGUCAAACAGCAACUGAAAUCUUUUCAUCUAUAAUAAAUUUGGAUGGUAGGAAUGAUGCUGAAUCUAAUUUAUCUAUGGAUUCGAAUAUGGUUAUCGACAAUGAUUUGAAAAAUGAUGAUGAACCGAAAAGUAAUGAAAGUAAUGAUGUUUCUGACGGAACAAUCGUUGAUAAUUUGCCAACGUUGGCUGAAAUUUUCGAAAUUAGAGGCAAAAAAUCGUUUUUCAAAAGUAUCGUAGAAAAAAAAUUGAUAACAUCUACUGAACGUCAAGAAUUGGUCGAAUGUGUAGGUUAUUUUUUAUCGGAUCAUUACAAAACGUUAAGCAUCCCUAUUAAAUCAUUACAAUACUGUGCAAAAGAACUAAGUAAAAUCAGUCAAGAUUCAGAAGGAGAUUAUUUUUGCUAUUGGAAGUCGUCGCGAAUUAGAGGUGGAAGAGUGGUGGAACACAAAAAACCGAUUGGAAAAUUGUACAAAUUUUUUGAAUAUCGUCGAAGGAAGUUCCGACGAGGACAACGAUCAUUAUUUGCCGAAAAAAAAACCAAAAAAAACUCUAUCGAAAUGGACGAUUCAGGAAAUAACAUUGUUGAUCAAAAAAAAAAACUGGAUGCGAUCAUACCAAUACUAGCCAACAAAUCAAUAAUUUUCAAUUUAUUUUCUGUCACGUAUACAUUAAGGAAUAUUAUCCGCUGCAAUUGUGAUGACCCUGGGUCAAAACUCAUAAAGGAAUUCGAAUGUUUUUUUUUCUUUGACGGUUUAUUGAUAGAAGAAGAAUUCAAACUUAUAUAUCCACAUUCAAAUGCUUUGAAUGAAAAAGCGAAAAUCAACGAAUUAAUCAAAAAAUUCAAAAUUUUUUCAAACAAUGAUGAUGAUAACAAUGAUGAUGAUGAUGAUAAUGAAUUUAUGAAUUUGUUCAUUUUUUUGAAAAAAAAACUGAAAUGUAGAUCACCGAUCACCACACGCAAAGCUUGUAUUGAUUUAUCAGAUGAAUAUGAUGGGCUUUUGUUCAAUUUACAAAUGAACGAUGAUGUUGCAGCCAUUUCAAAAAAAAUCAAUGAUAUUUAUAAUUUUCCUACU